CCGCCUCCCCUCCCCUUCAUCCCCCUCCCACGAUACUCGGUACAACGUAAGCGGUCUCAAAACAACGAUCACAUUUUCGAAUUAAUUACCUGAACGCUGCGAUGUUGAAGUUUUUUGAGAGGCUGAGCAAUUUUCUCAGCUAUUGGUAUUUUCGUUACCUCAUGGUGACAGAGUUAUAUAUGGUUGAAACAUGGGAACAAAGAGUUACAAAUACAGCAUUUAUGCUACUGUUUGUUGUUUUGUCAUAUUUCAACUGUGUGUAUCUGCUGAAUUAUACUGCUUCCAUAGCUAAGUACCUGGUUGACGAAGUACCAUUUAGUAGUGUAACAUGAUGUUGCACAAGGUGACGAAUCCACAGCCUUUUUUUUUUGGUAAUGAUAUAAAAGACAUGGAAGUCUGUAUUUUAGAAAUAUUAUUUCCUAUUUCCAGUGAUGUAUCUUGUCAACCUAUUUUGGGGGGAUCUGGAGAUUUAAUUUAAUUUUUGGUCUUUGUGUUCCUUUCUUUGCUGUGAAUUUUGAUAUCUUUUCAGACUGUUUUACUGUGGACUCUUGGGUAUAGUCAUAGAGAACUUACACAUUUAAAAGUAGUUUUCAUUCCAUUGGUUUCAAAGAAUUAUAUAUAGUUUUUCUUUUUAUAUAAAGUUAUACUUCAGUAUUUUCAUACUUUGUAAUUCUAGUAAACUUAAUGUUUUAUUGUUGUAACAUGUCUAUGGCUAUCACAACAUCUCUGUUCUUGCCAACAGUUAAUUUUCUACAUGUGUAUGUUUGUAUACCAAAGUUAAGAUGUUAAACGGGUUUACAAUUAACAUUGUCGAUCUCAGACCCUCUUUUGACACAAGCCCUACUUUCCUCAUGGCCAAUCAAGCUUGGCUGAGAACAAAAGUAGAAUUAAUAAGGUGGUGCUUGGUUUAUAAAAAAUUUGAAUGGUCAGGGUAGAUAAGGUAAGUUUGAAAAAGGAUUCAGGAUAAUUUAUUUAAGUACUAGAGGCAAAAAAUCACAGUCAAGUAAUAAGAAAAAAUACACCGUCAGUCUAAUUUCAAUUUUAUCAUUAAAGCCUCUCAUCAUCAGAGUUAAAAUAAAAUAACAUUAAUACAAAAUUAAAACAAGCAUAACUAUGUACAAGUUUAAGGAAGAUAUGAUUUAAAUGAUUUGCCUCAUCUCCAACUUUCAUGUAACGUUUAUAAUGUCUUCUUACAUCUAGAUAAUGAACUGCCAUGGAACAAAAUUCAGAAACAAAUGAAAAAAACAAAA